GUCGUGCCGAGCGCUGCUGCAACACCACUCUGGUGGCUUAUCCGACUGCUCUGGUAGCUCUGGUCGUGGCCCGUGCAACGCGGCAGUCCGCAGCGCGCUGCGUAAUAGCUGGCUGGACUGCUGGCAACAUGACUGCUGCAGCACUCCGAGCAGCAGCACUGGUCUGCACUCUCCAGACAUGCGUCGCGCUGUCGGCGCGCGCUGCGUGUAGCCCCUGCGCCCCGCAAGCAGAACCGCUCAAAUGGAUUAUAGUGGGAGGCGGUCCGCACGGUGUGCACAUAGCGACGGCACUGCUGCAACAGGUCCCCGGCGUCACCACCUGUGUGGAAAUCAAAAUUUUACGGCGCGUUCGUGCUGAAUCAUCGCGUCGUCCUCCACGCCAUCGACGCGACGCCUGCUCGAUGGCGUGGCGAUGCCGGUUCCUCGCGUGCACCCGACUCACUGGUUGAUUUCCACACAGGUCACCACCGACAAUUUGCGCAUCGUCGACGAUAACCCCGAACUCCUCCACGCCUGGAAGACACGAACGCGCGACGUCGGUAUGUCGCACCUGCGCUCGUCCGCCUCGAACCACUUAGAUGUGAGAGAAGAUGCCCUAAAAAAGUACGCGGCCGAGACCUGUGGAAAAGAUUGCUGCCGGCCAGGUAAAAAAUCGGUCUUCGCGGCAGAUUACAUGCGGCCUAGACUGGACUUGUUCAACGACCACUGCGACGACGUCGUAAAGAGGCAUAAGUUAAGAGAGAGUCACAUCCGAGGUAUGGUGUCUGAUAUCGUGCCGGGCGCUAUUACAUCAUUGAGAGUGCGCAGAACUGAUGGCCUGGUCGACUUACGGGCGGAGAAUGUGGUGUUAGCGUUAGGCGGCGGCGCGCCGGCGUAUCCAGAGUGGGUUUGUCAGACGGCCGUGUCGCGAGGUCUGAUCCGGCACGUCUUCGAGACAAGCUCUGAGGGAGGGGACUCGGUCGCGAUAAUCGGAGGAGGCAUCUCCGCGGCGCACCUCGCGCUGCGGCAUUCGCGUGCAGGUGCGAAAGUGCACAUGGUCUUCCGCCACGACAUGAGGGAGCAGUCGUUUGACUGCCACCAGGACUGGAUGAUGACGCGCGACGCGUCGGCGCGCACGGGGUUUAUUCCCGAGCGGCAGCUCGCCUUUGCGGGCGUCGAGUCCUUCGACGAGCGGCGGGACAUCAUCCGGCGCGAGCGGUUGGCUGGUACCAUGCCGGCCUCGGUGUCGCGGGGCCGAAACGGCCUCAGGUAUGCAAUUGAGAAGGGCGCGGUGCGGCACCAUAAAGCCGACGUCGAGCAAAUGGUGCUUGACGGCGACGGCGUCUCAUUAACACUGACGACGGGCGCCGAGAUUCACGUCGACCGCGUGCUGCUCGCGACGGGCUUCAGCAAAAAACCGCCCGGCGCGGGCCUCGUCGAGAGGAUGGUUCGGAAAAGUGACUUGGAACUGUGCUCGUGUGGAUAUCCCGCGCCGGACAAGUAUCUGCGGUGGGGCGACGUCUACGUCGCGGGCGCGCUCGCGGAGUUGGAGCUCGGUCCUUCUGCGCGGAAUAUUGCUGGGGCGAGACUUGCGGCGGAGCGGAUCGUCGAGGGGGCGUUGUUGCGCCGUGUGUAAGUUGUCUGUGGAAGUC